AUGGAACGCUUCCACCGUCGCAAGCUCUCUGAGAAAUCUAUCACCGGCGCCGUCCCAUUCCGCUGUCCGACGUCUCCCGUUACCGAACACCCACCCGAUUUCCUAGGGCCCCUGGCAUGCACCUAUGAGUUGAAUCCGCAUCUCACCUUCCCCCUCUCGCCGCUCGCUCUCCGUUACUCGCGCAUCCGCCUUCACCUCUACUCGCCUCCUGACCGAGCUCCGUAUCGGCUCCCCCGUACCGGAGCUCUCGCUGCGUCUCUGCGAUGCCCUGUUUUGACAAGUGAAUACCACGAUGUGAAUCGCACCUACAACGAUGUAGCCCAAGCGCUAUCCCACCACCCAUCUCUAUCGCCGCGCACCGACGUUCACACUUACGAUAAUGGCUCGUCAGCCCUACUUCUCCGCCUCUCUGAGGCUCCAUUGGUUUACGUCACUCCAACAGAGUCCAUGAUGGUACGCCCCGGCCAGCAUGUAGAUCCUCAAGGCCAAGUCUAUCACCCAUAUCUCGUAGGCUGGGCCGCCUUCUGGGAUAAAUCCACGAUUCUUGACUUCCUGGCCAUCUUGAGAGAUAUCUUCGCCAAAGAGCCACCAGUCAUUGCCCGACCACAAGGCCCACAGCAACCACUGCCGCCCGUGGCAUCGCGUCCACCGCAAUCACACACCCAAACGCCUCCCCCUUUUUCGCCUCCUCCACAUGAGUUGGCAGCUCGUCCGUCGAGUCGCCCGCCUCCUCAAACCCCUACAGACGGAUCGCGGCCUCCGCCUCCGCCGCCCAAAACGACAAGUACUGAACCGUACAGAAGCCCACCACCUCCUCUAGAUGCUAGAUACGGCCCUCCUCUCCCACCUCUACCCCCUGGUGCCACUCGUCAAGGCAUCCAUGGAGGCCUCAAUCUCCAAGAGUCAAGUCGUCCACAGAGUCAAGCGCAUUCUCGGUACGACUCAGCACCGCCACUACCACCAGUACCGUCCUCUCACCCACCGCCGCCGCCAGUCGUCUCAUCUCCGCAUCAAACUGAAGACACUGCACAGCAACCGCAAUUCCGUUCUGGACAUCCUGCUCAAUCCGUUGCCCCUCGUCACUCAGCCGUCCCUAUGUCUUACCAGCAAACGUCUCAGCAUUACAGAGGACCACCUCCAGGCUGGCAACCGGACGGGCAGUAUCAGGCACCACCGCUGCCGCAGCAACUGCAGCAGCAUCCGCCGCCACAACAGCAGAUUGCAAAACCACCGCCACCGCCAGAUUUGCUCGACGCGCCCCUCACCCUGAGCAUACCUUCGCCGUCGUCGGUUCCCGCGCCACCGAUUCCGCCGAACCCGGAAAAGGACGCAUUGCUCCACCAACUAGCGCAAACACUUCACUCCCUUCGGCAACGUAGCAGACAGCAGAAUGACUCCAGCAUGGCAGGCUUGCAGGCGCAACGCACAGCUAUGAUGUCUGCCUUCUCGACACUUCAGUCGGAGAUGGGGACCUUAAAUCAAACAUCGGGGCUACUUCAGUCCAACGCUAAUAUCCUGAUCGACGCGCUGCGAAAAGCCGAUUCUGUUAUCGAGGGAUCAAAACGUCAAACUGCGCCUGAUAUCGACGAGCUUCUGGUUGCGCCCACAGUCGUAGCUAACCAGUUAUACGCAUUGGUCGCCGAAGAGAAAGCUAUCGGGGAUACUAUUUUUGUCUUAGGCCGCGCCGUGGAACGCGGAAGGGUAUCACCAGCGGUAUUUGCUAAGACGACACGAUCCCUUGCUAGGGAGUGUGACGUUGCGCUCCAAUAUCAUGACAUUUCAUUCCUUUGCUGGCCAUUUCCCAGUACUAUGCUUCAUAGCCUUGCAGCCUUCACCCUCCAGGUCUCUUACGCCGGUACACUACAAAUGAUAUCCUGCUCUAUGCUAAGGCAUCACUGA